AUGGCCGCCUGGACGCCGGCAGAGAAACUGACGAGGGCAGACGAUCUGAUGAGCGACAUCCUCGACUGCUUCCUGUGGCCGCACGCCAACAAACGGACGAUCAAAUUCACCCCAGACUACCGCACCCCACGCACCCUGCCCGUCAACGAGCUCAGGCAGAUCAUCCACCAGCUCCAGACCGCCCAGCUCAGAAACAUCACCGAGGCCACAACGCGCAUCAGACAACUGCCCGCCGUCAUCGCCUACCUCAACAACGCCGAGCCCCCCCGGCUCGGAAAACACAUCGGCCUGUACCUCCAACUGUUCCUGCCCAAGUGCGGGAUCAGGUUCUGCGAGACCGAUCGCUACGACCAGCGCCGCCAAGCCCCGCCAUCCCCCGCCGCCCAGGCCGCCCGCCAACGAUCCCGCAUCCGGCCCAACGAGCUCCGAGACCUCCUCGCCCAACGCCGCGCCUCCACAGAGCCCUACAACAAACUCACCCACCUCGCCGUCUUCGCCGCCAGGGACUAUGCGCCCAACGACAUCAUCGCCGGCUGCGAGGGCUCGUUUGCCGACCUGACCGAGCAGGAGGACCUCAACACCGACUUCUCCCACAUCGUCAACUCGCGCGGCAAGUUCCAGGUGUUCUGCGGCCCGGCCAGAUUCGUCAACCACGACUGCGACAACAACGCCGUCCUGCUCAGAGAAGGCUUCACCAUCAAGUUCAAGGUCACCAAGCACAUCAAGGCCGGCCAGGAGAUCCUCACCAGCUACGGGACGAACUACUUCGGCGAGAAGAACUGCGAAUGCAUGUCGACCUCCGACCAGCCCCAGCCUCUUUCGGUCAUCAAGAAUGAGUUCGACCAACCGGUGCCAUCCAGCUUGGCCACAGACACCGACCUGAGCUCGCUGCUAGAUUCGAGCGAAGACAGGACCAGCCGGGCAAGCAACACGCCCGCCCCCGAGACCUCGCCCACCGUCUCCUACUCCACCACGCCCUCCCAGGGCCCCCAGAAGCAUCGGGGCCUGCCCUUCCAGCAGCCCAGCCAGCCCGCCGCCCCGCGCCCGAGCAACUCGCGCUCCUCCUCCACCCGGCGCCAACGCACCUCGUUGCCCGAGCACGCCGACCCGCUCACCCAAGCCCGCACCGCCGCCUUCCCGGCGGCCCCGAUCGCCGAGCUGCCGAUCAUCCAGCCCGCCGGCUUCUCGGCUCCCGUGCUGCCCGUCAAGCGCAAGACUUACUGGAUCACCACCAAGCAGAAGCAGCUCGGUCUCGUCCCGUGGGAACAUGCCGCCCUCGACAGACCCUCCCCGUCCGCCCUCCAGCCGCACACGCCCCUCACGCCCUCCCUGCUCGGGCCGAGCCGCACCGAGCGCGCGGUCGUCGGGAGUCAGAAACGGAAACCUGCCACCGAGCCACGGCCGGCUACUAGGCUUCCUAGACGGAGCUACUGGGUCUCAACGAAGGAGAAGCAGCUCGGCAUCCUCCCCUGGCAAGAGGAGCCCGACGACACCGACCAUCCAGCCCCCGCCCAUCCUCCGCAACCUUCCCGGGCCACCCGCGCCUCCCGCAGAGCCAGCGAAGGCAUGGACAACGUCGUCGGAUUUCCUACCGCCCCGAGGGGAUCCAAACUCAGCUACAAGAUCUUCGACACCGACUCGCACGAGUAUCAGUUGCUGAACACGGCCAUCGGCAGGGAGCUGCUCGGCUUCCGCCCCCGUCCCCAGAAGAAGCCCAAGCUCGUCCCCCAGCCAGCAGCAGCAGCAGACGACGACCCGGCCUCUCCUGAGCCCGUCGUCGGCUCGCAGACGGACGGCUUGGCCAGCCUUGAGGCCGACGCUAUGGCCGCCCCGUUCGCCGAAAUCGCCUCGUUCCUGCGCACCUAUCCCGGCGAGCAACCGUCCGGCCAGGAAAGCAACCCGCAGGAGGAGAGAGCAGGGGAUGAGGAGGGCGACGACGACCGAAGGCCGCCGGAGACGGGCCCGGCCCUGCCCGCAGGGCCCCCACCAUCCGUCCCUCCCAAACAACCCUCGACCCGGCGUGCCCGACGUCGACACAAACCCAAGCCGGCUCCCUCGAGUCGUCCGUCGAGCCGAGCUAGCAGGAAGACCCCCCGGCCGUCCUCGUCGUCGUCGUCGGUUGCGGCCGUUGCUGUUGCUGGUGACCCCGGCGAGGUCCCGGCCUUGCCAGCCGCCUCCGCCCUCUCGCCCCCGCCUCCGUCUGCCGCCAACCCGACCCAGCCCGUCGCCUCCCCCCCGCUGCUGCUGAGGCCCCCCGCUUUCUCGCCCGGGCCCGCCGCCCCUGCGUCCCCGCCGCCCGCUUCCGAGCCGCCCUUGCCGACCUCUCACCGCUUGUUCGUCUCCAGCGUCCGCUGA